CGCUGGCGCUAUAAACGAGAUUUUUUGUAUUGUAACGAAAUAAAAAAAUGCGGAUUAUUUAAAUAAAUGUAUAUAAAGUUAAAACGCAAAGGAAACGAAAUAAAGAAGACGCAUUGCACAAGUCGCGUAAGUGUUUUUGUUGUUGUUGUAGGUUAAUGCGCCGCCUACUUUAUUUGUAAUAAACGCGCACAACAGCAACAACAACGGGAUCCCCAGUACGCGCGUGUAUAUGUGUGUGUGUGAGUGAGAGUGCGUGGGUUAGGGAUACAGCGAGUGGGAAUGAGGGCGCUGAAGCCAAAGAGCGCGCGCAGUGCAAAAUAAACAACGAAUGCAACAGCAGCGCAGCAACAGCAGCAGCUUCUUCUUCUUGAAUGUGCGUGAAUUGGACGCGUGCUAAUUAAUUGUGUCGCUGGCAUUACCGAAAAGCAAACAAAAGCAACCGCAACAACAAACUAAUCGGGUGUGUCGCUUGUGUAUCGUACCGUAUGAAAUUUACAUUUAGUUUAUUACAACAAACCACUGUGCGUAGUGCUACACCUCCUUCAUUUAGCUCCAAGUCUUUGCUUUGUAUGCGUCAUACUCGCGUAGUGUGUCUUUGUGUGUGUGAGUGUGAAAAAAGGCCAAAAAAUAUAUGUAAGCGACAACAAAAGCGAACCAACUGCCACAACAAAAGCAAGAACGCAAGAAAAACAGUUUUCCCCAUACGUCUCGCCUCACCGCCGCUUCCGUUACUUUGCCUUGCCGGCUGUGCAUAUUGCGCAUGUGUGGUGUCAACCCUCGCAGCAGCAGCAGCAGCAGCAACAACAUUAAUAAAAGCAAACACACCAACAAAAGAAGUUCUAAAUAAAAGUGAAAAGUUCGGGCUCAACUGUAAACGCAAGCACAUGCAUUAAUAAAGCUUCAACAUGCUGCAUAAAUGUUCAUAGUUGCAACAAGAAUUUAAUUCAAGUCUCUCGCUCUCUCUGUCUCUUUCUUUUGUUUGAAGUGCCUGACUUAAAGUUUAGUUACAUAUGUAUAUGCAAGUAUAUAUUUACAUAAAUAAAUAUCUGUGAGACGCCAACCUGUGUACCAAGUGCUGUGUGCAUCCUAAAAAGAAAUAAAAAGUAAAAAGCAACAAAAUGUGUUUCACAUAUGGUCUGACGCUCGCGUUCGCUCUCGCUGCGCUGCUCUGUUUGUCAACGGCGCAGGCUACAGACAACAACAACAACAACAAGCAGCAUCAGCUGCUGCUGCCGCAUCAUAGCCACAGUCAUCAUCAUAAUGGCCAUCAUCAGAGCCCCCAGCCGCCACCACCAGGAGAGCAACAUCAGUCAGACUAUCCAAAUGGCAAACAGAAGAAUGCAGUCUCCGAGGAUAUUAUGUACAAUUACCUCAUGCAGUUUGAUUAUCUGCCCAAGUCAGACCUGGAAACGGGCGCUCUACGCUCCGAGGAGCAGUUCACAGAUGCAAUACGUAAUCUUCAGACAUAUGGCAACAUUCCAGUCACGGGCAAAAUUGACGCAGCUACAGCGCAGCUAAUACAGAAGCAACGCUGCGGCGUUGGCGACAAUAAGUAUGCGAAUAAUUUCUCACCGGAUAAUCUGGAUCAUGGCAUGGAUCAUGGCAAUAGCUUACGAGUGCGACGCUAUGUGCUGCAAGGUGCCAAAUGGGAUAAAACGGAUCUAACAUGGAGUUUGGUCAAUCAAUCAAUGCCCGAGGCGGACAAGAUACGCAUAAUGGUGGCACGAGCCUUGAACGUUUGGGAGAGCAACUCCAAGUUGACAUUCCGUGAAGUGUACAGCAGUCAGGCCGAUAUACAAGUACUUUUUGCACGGCGCGAUCAUGGCGAUAGCUACAAAUUCGAUGGGCCUGGGCAGGUGCUGGCGCACGCCUUUUAUCCCGGCACAGGACGCGGCGGCGAUGCGCACUUCGAUGCCGACGAGCAGUGGGAGUUCGAGUCCAGCACGGACGAUAGCCGAGGCACCAACUUUUUAAACGUUGCCGUGCACGAAUUGGGUCACUCGCUGGGCCUGGGCCACUCCUCGGACUCCAAUGCGAUUAUGUUUCCCUGGUAUCAGAACAAUGAGGUGGAGGGCAAGCUGCCCGACGACGACCGCUUGGGCAUACAAGAGCUCUAUGGUGCCAAAAGCAAAACCUGGGGUGUCUACCGCCCACAGACCACGCCCUCAACAACGAGCACUACAACAACAACCACCACCACCAUGCGCAGCUACUAUCCACAAGUGCGACCCAAGAAUCCCAAUCGCCAUCCCUACUAUCCCAACUACUAUCCAAACAAGGAUCGCAGCCGCGAUCGCGAUCGCUAUACAACAACAACUACAACAACAACUUCGACAACGCGCGCGCCAGCAACACGCCGCACUGCAGCCACAAGAUCGCCACACAAGCCAUAUUACUAUCCCGGCUAUCCCACCUAUGGCCAACGACACAACAAGCCCAUCAAGCCAAUCAAGCGCAAGCCCAAGCCAGACAAAUGCUUGACCAACUACGAUGCCAUCUCCAUGAUACGCGGCGAGCUGUUCAUCUUCAGAGGACAGUUUCUUUGGCGCAUUGGUACCAAAGGCUUAUACAACGACGAAGCUACCGAAACGCGCAGCUAUUGGUCAGUUCUGCCCGAGGAUUUCGGCAAAGUGGAUGCAGUCUAUGAAAAUAAACAGCAUCAAAUUGUGUUCUUUAUAGGGCGUCAAUACUAUGUCUUCGAUUCGGUGAGUUUGGCGCCUGGUUAUCCACAGCCCUUGACCAGCUUGGGUCUGCCGCCCUCGUUGACGCACAUUGACGCCGCCUUUGUUUGGGGCUAUAAUAAUCGCACGUAUUUGACCAGCGGCACUUUGUACUGGCGCAUCGAUGAGUUUACGGGCAAGGUGGAGCUGGAUUAUCCCCGUGACAUGUCCAUUUGGGCAGGCGUGGGCUACAACAUUGAUGCAGCCUUCCAGUGGGAGAAUGGCAAGACCUAUUUCUUCAAGAAUCUGGGCUACUGGGAGUUCAACGAUGCGCGCAUGAAAGUGGCGCAUGCCCGGCCCAAGCUAUCGGCACGCCACUGGAUGAAGUGCCCGCGCAAUGCCAACGAUGUGGACGAGGAGCAGCGCUGGACGUCGCCGCUGGUCUCGGGCAGCAAUGAGACAACGGCAGGCAAUGCGGCGGCUGGCAGCACUAAGCAAAUCUAUAGACUGACUUUAUGCUUAGUUUUGCUGUUUACGUCUUUAGCCUGACGUUUUUAGGAUUGGCCUGCAUUGAUCUAUAAAUAAUAUAUUAUAAAUACUAGCUUAAGUUUAGGCAACUGGCCACGCGUUUAUAUUUUUAUUGAGUUGUGAUUGAAUUCAAGAGUUUCUGUCAACUUCCGCAUAUGGAAAGCUUGCCAAUUGUGCCUACUACCAGCAUAAUUGCUUGAGACAGUUGCUGUCAAACUGUAAUGUCAGCAGAGUUUCAUACAAUAUACAUACCUAACUAUUAGUUUAUAUAUACAAUGACUAGUUACAUAAGCAGCUGCGAACGAUAAAUCGAGAAAUUCAGAGCCACAACUGCCUUAUAAUUAAGUACAGUAUUCUCUUUGAAUAUAUAUAUAACCAACAGAUGGGCUUAAGCCCACACAUUUGUAUGUAUGUAGCUAUGAGCUACCCGAAUAUAUAUUUUUUUGAUUUGUGUUUUGUGUUCAAG